AUAUUGUUACUCUCCACUAUAUUUGUUAGUUCGACGUGAAACGGGGCUGGGCCAAGGUUGGAACUAAACCAAGAUGGCCGCCUUCGGAAGGUAAGACAAAGCAUUUCGGUGGUUAAAUUAUGCAUUUAACUAGUGGUUUCGAAAAAUAUUUCGCAUGCACAGUGAUUAGCUUGUAUAUCCGGGAGUAGAUUGGUCGAGUUAUCGUUUUACUGUCUCUAGCUAGCAGCAGUCAUAGGAAGAAGCGCGAGCCCUCUUGAAUUGAAAUAGCGCUCGGUAUGAGAGCUCUAAGCAGCUAACCUUUCAGGAUGAUCUAACUAGCUAGAUGAUGGACGUACAUGGGUACGCUAACUAUUUCGAACGGUGAAAUAUAUGUUCGUAUCUGUCUUUUGUGUCCUACAUUUUGUAUUAGGACGAGGAUUUAGCUAGCCUGCGACCGGUGUUGCCUAACUAGUUAGAUUUGACAGGACCAAAUCGACGUUAGCAGUUAGCUAGCUAACUGGCCAGCUGAAGAGAUCUUCCAGCAUUUUAGGACAGCGCGAGGCAGCUAGCCCAAAUCACGACAAGGAGCCAUGCUAGCCAGAUAAUAUUUUUCCAAAGAUGGGCUUUCUAUUACCCAUACAUACUAACUAAUUAACAUAUAUAGCUAGCUGUAACGUUAGUGAUUCAUUAUAAACAUUUUAGACGAGGUUAAUCAACAGGAUAGGCUGCUUCCGGUUGUCAUUUCAGCAAGUGCCAUUUGUAUUAACGUUUUUUGAGGAAGUAUAACUUGGUUAAAGUCAAUUUUAGUGUACAUUUCCACAUACAUUUCACCGUCUAGGCCAGUGUUGCCCAACUUUGAUCCUUGAGUACAGCAUACAUUUUUGUUGUAGCCCCAGACAAAAACACUUGAUUAAACUUGUCAAGGGCUUGAUGAUUAGUUGACAAGUAGAAUCAGGACUGCUUGUCUGGGGGCACAACAGAAAUGUGUGCUGUUGGGGGUACUCGAGGAGUUGGGAAACAGUGGUCGAGGCGUUUAUGACUCGUUGUCAGCAUCAUUAUCUAUCACUGUAACAUUACAGAGCUGAACGUAUGAAGUAUUUCAUUCUCUUAACAUUUACUUCCCAUUUUCUGUUUCUCUCUUCUGCCCUCUCAGGAUGGGGCCUCUGUUAGUGUUGUGGCUGGCUGUCUGCCUCAGUGGGACCUGGGCGGUGGACCGGGGGAACUUCAAAACCUGUGACCAGAGUGCCUUCUGCAAGUAAGUCCUGGACGAUACGCAGCUACAGCACUUUGCAGCAUCAUAGACAUAGUCUACUCUCAUUGAUUGUGUACGGUCAGUGUCUAAGUGACUGAUAGGUAAUGUGUAAGCCCUCAACAAGUCUACCCCCAUUCUCUUCCUCACUUAUGGUCCAGUGUUCACAAUAUGUACUUCUACAUCCACACAACAUGUUUAUCAGGGUUUGUGUUAACUCGAUGUGUGUUUGUGCACUCAGGCGUCAGCGAGCGUUGAAGCCUGGCCAGUCCCCGUACAGAGCCCUGCUGGAGACCCUGGAGCUCACCAACACCAAACUCACACUGCAGCUCAUCAAUGACAACAACAAGGUUUGUUACACACACACACAUACACACAGACUUUAAUUCACAGAUGAUGUAAUAUGUUAUUGUACAUAUAUACAUAUAUUAACAGGUGUGUUAAAACCCCUUUGGGUCCUGGUCUCUUGUAUUUUUUAGCCCUCAUUCUACCCCUCCCUCUCUCCCCCGCUCCCUCAGGUGCGUCUGCUGCUUGAGCUCUAUCGUCUCCAGGGCAACAUGACCAGGGUGAAGAUAAAUGAGUUGAAGCCGUUGAAGCCUCGUUUUGAGGUCCCCGAUGUGCUCAUCAACGACCCUCCCACAGAGCCGUAAGUCUCACAGGCAGCCAUCUGGAGUAGUGGGUGGGUGAUGGGUGACAUUGAGCCAUGUGGAUGGGGAGAAUUAAAUAAUUGGUUAGGACAGAGUUAAAAGGAAAUUUAGUUAGUGGAGGCUAGUGGAGGAAGCAGGAAAACACUACCUGAGGGCAUGCAGUAAAUACAUGGCCUGGCUCUCAGGAAGUGGCUUAGAUUUGUUGAUAAUGUUAUAGCCUCCAGCACCAAGAGAGAAUACAUCUGUGUGAAUGGACAGUGGAGACAAGAUACACAGAAUAAUUUCAUGUACAUUAUUUGUGUGUUUUCUGUUGCCUUAUUGUUUCCACCCAUUAUUUUAUCUCUUUCACACUCAUCUCGUUCUCUCGCUCUCCCUCUUCUUCCUCAGUUUGUCUCUCCUGUCUCAGGAUGAGAACGGGGUGGUUCUGUCUUUGGGGGCAGACUCUCAGCGGCUGAUCGUCAGCGCUAAGCCGUUCCGAUUGGACAUCAUGGAGGGGCGGGAGGUUCUUCUGUCACUUAACUCCCGUGGCCUGCUGGCCUUUGAGCACCUCCGGAUCCGCAAGGAUACGUGAGUGACACCCAUACACACCCAUAUCCCUCAUUUUAUUUGUCACAUUCACGUGUUUAGCAGAUAUUAUUGUGGGUGUAGUGAAAUGCUUGUGCUUCUAGCUCCGACAGUGCAUUAGUAUCUAUCAAGUAAUAUCUAACAAUUUCACAACAUAUACCCAAUACACACAAAUCUAGUAAGGAAUGGAAUUGAAUAAUAUAUACAUAUAUGGACAAGCCAUGACAGAGCGGCAUGGACGAAGAUACAGUAGAAUAUUAUAGAAUAGAAUACAGUAUAUACAUAUGAGAUGAGUAGUGCAAGAUAUGUAAACAUUAUUAAAGUGACUAGUGUUCCAUUUCUUAAUGUGGCCAGUGAUUUCAAUAGGCAGCAGCAGCCUCUAAUGUGCUAGUGAUGGCUAUUUAACAGCCUGAUGGCCUUGAGAUAGAAGCUAUUUUUCAUUCUCUCGGUCCCAGCUUUGAUGCACCUGUAUUGACCUCGCCUUCUGGAUGAUAGCGGGGUGAACAGGCCGUGGCUCGGGUGGUUGAUGUCCUUGAUGAUCUUUAUACAUGUUUCUUUGUUUGUUUUCUUGCUUUUUCACUGCUUGGUAUUGUUUCUCCAUUUCAUCAUUAUUUUCUUCCAUUCUGUUCCGUUCUUCUCUUCUACCUUUCAGCAUCUCCUAUAAGAUAAAAAGCAAAGUUAAUAACAUGUGGGAAAACAUCAAGUGGGUAUUCUCUAGGUAAAUUCCUUCAGCUUUGUAGGUUUGUGUUUGUCUGUGCUGGCAAUGUAGGAGUAUGGAGUUGUUAUACAAGUUUAGACAUCCAAAAAUGACAUGCCCAAAUGGCUCAAGGAUGUGGUGACUUAUUUUCCUGUCUAGGCAUGAAAGCCAGUUCUAGGCUCACUACCAUUUGGUUUGCUCUUUACCCGUCUUCAGAGUAGUUCACAAGCCUUUUUCCUCCCACACUUUUAUUUUUUAUUUUUACUUCAAACGUCUUCAUGGUACAGCCAUUUCACCACUCCGUUGACCCCAACAGUCAUGUUAUAUGUAGAGGCUGCGUAGUCUAAUCCCAUAGCACUGAGUAGACCAAAAUCUAUCUUUCUCAAGGCUUGUUUGUGCUGGUCAGUGUGUGCUGUAGGAGGAGGUAUGUGUGUAAUGCAGGGUACUGGUAGUAUUUGGGGGGUAGUCUCUUGGUGUUUAGCUCAAAAUAACCACAAGGUAGGGAAUUGUUCUCCUCUUGUUCCCCCUUGUCAUUAGAGUGAAAUCUUAGAGGGUGAAGUAGUUUGACACUAACUCUAUUUUCAUUCUAGUGAGAAGGCUGUGUGGGGUCAUAAUGAUUUUCCUUAUUUAUGUUCCCUCUUCCCUGUGUGCUUCUUGUACCUAUUGGGAUUUGUAUUUACUCAGUCUGUUUUGGUGACAUUUCUCUCUCUCCCCCACAGUCAGGUAGACCCAGAAGGAACUGAGAAGAAAGAAGAAACUGAUGCUGCCAACGAACCGGCAGGAGGAGAGGAGGAGGAGGUGUGUGAGGGUGUGAGGGAGGGAGAGGUAACACUGUAACCAAGGUUUCCCCCAGGCUUCUGAUUUAGGAUCAUUGAACUGAACAAGAGAUGCAGUUAAAGGGUUUUGUAACACUGCUUUCUAUUGUACCAUUACUGCCUUUGCCAAUGGGCUGAAAUCAAACCCCUUUCUGUUGAUUUCCCCAUUCUCUCUCUCCACAACAAUGCUAUUCUCCAAUUAUUUCCAUCUGUCUCCACCAUUGUUUGUUCCUUCCUUCCUAGACUGUAAAGGAGGAUGAGAAAGUGGAAGAUGGAAUGUGGGAGGAAACAUUCAAAUCGCACAAAGACAGCAAACCCAAUGGUACGGACACUUUUCUGUGGACCCGUAAUUUCAAUUGACAGGUGAAAGAGGCGGCUUGCAGUUGAAGACUUGGUAUUCUGAUCCUGGGUCCUCACCGCUCAUCUCCUGGAGAUAUUAUUUUAUGAUUGGAUGAGUUUUAUGACUUGCUUUAGUCACAGUGACCAGUCAGUGUUGAUUUGGUUUUUAAAUAUAUCCUGAUUGGCUGUUCUCUCUCUUAGGCCCUUCCUCCAUCAGUCUGGACUUCUCUCUGCCAGGGGUGGAGAACGUCUAUGGCAUCCCAGAACACGCAGACAGCCUCAAACUCAAAACCACUGAGUGAGUGACGCUGACAUUGGCCAUGACAUUGGUUCAUUGAGACAGUAGUUAACUAAGACUACUGCAUGUUUUCAGAUGGUUUUCUAGCGUAUGUAUUUUCUGAGGGUGCAAGACAUCCUUAUACGCUCUGUUUGUGUAUGCAUUUUAUUUUAUUUUCAACGUUGUGGGUUGAAGAUUUUUAAUUACACGAAGUGACCAACUAUAUGACAGUACAAUAACAUAUACGUAUGCAUUUUCCAGUGGAGGGGAUCCGUACCGGUUGUUUAACCUAGACGUGUUCCAGUAUGAGGUGUUCAACCCCAUGGCCUUGUACGGUGCCAUCCCUGUCAUGCUGUCCCAUAGUGCACAGCGCACCAUGGGCAUCUUCUGGCUCAACGCUGCUGAGACCUGGGUGGACAUCAGCUCCAACACCGCCGGCAAGGUAAGACACACACACACACACAGUUAGUCAGUCAAUCCUUUUUCUCCAGGUUCCCAGUGAGACUCACACCUCUGAGCCACCCUGUAUAUAGACAUUGAAGGGUACUGUCAGAGAGAACACGCACCCUCUUACCCCUACGCUGGUUCUCUCUGGUUGUGCAGACAGUGUUUGGCCAAAUGCUGGACUACGUUCAGGGCUCCAGUGAGACGCCACAGACAGACGUGCGUUGGAUCUCAGAGAGCGGCAUCAUCGACGUCUUCAUCAUGCUGGGACCCACUCCCACUGACGUCUUCUCCCAGUAUGCCUCACUCACAGGUCAGACUCCCACUACAGAAACCCAGUUCAUAUUCCCAGUCCACUUUUGCAGUUCACCAGUCUAUUUUCUAAGUCCCUGUAGAGGUUAGUGUCGCAGAUCGUGCCACUUCACUCAUAUCACCCUCACACACCUAGUCUCUCUAGGCAGACUGUUUGCUUCCGGCAAUGUACAGUUGAAGUCGGAAGUUUACAUACACCUUAGCCAUAUACAUUUAAACUCAGUUUUUCAUAAUUCCUGACAUUUAAUCCUAGUAAAAAUGCCUUCCCUUGUGUUAGGAUCACCACUUUUAUUUUAAGAAUGUGAAAUGUCAGAAUAAUAAUAGAGAAUUAUUUAUUUAAGCUAUUUCAUCACAUUCCCAGUGGGUCAGAAGUUUACAUACACUCAAUUAGUAUUUGGUAGCAUUGCCUGUCAAUUGUUUAACUUGGGUCAAACGUUUCAGGUAGCCUUCCACAAGCUUCCCACAAUAAGUUGGGUGAAUUUUGGCCCAUUCCUCCUGACAGAGCUUGUGUAACUGAGUCAGGUUUGUAGGCCUCCUUGCUCGCACACGCUUUUUCAUUUCUGCCCACAUAUUUUCUAUAGGAUUGCGGUCAGGGCUUUGUGAUGGCCACUCCAAUACCUUGACUUUGUUGUCCUUAAGCCAUUUUGCCUCAACUUUGGAAGUAUGUUUGGGGUCAUUGUCCAUUUGGAAGACCCAUUUGCGACCAAGCUUUAACUUCCUGACUGAUGUCUUGAGAUGUUGCUUCAAUAUAUCCACAUAAUUUUCCUUCCUCAUGAUGCCAUCUAUUUUGUGAAGUGCACCAGUCCCUCCUGCAGCAAAGCACCCCCACAGCAUGAUGCUGCCACCCCCGUGCAUCAUGGUUGGGAUGGUGUUCUUCAGCUUGCAAGCCACCACCUUUUUCCUCCAAACAUAACAGAAUAUUUUUUUUGUCCCAUUUGAAAUGUCAGAGAACCUGACAUCCUCCCCAGGCCUUGUGCCAUUGCAUAUAGGCUUAGGUACCCAGGCCUUCCCUCCCCUGUCUGCGCUGGCCUGCCACCAUGGUCCCUCAUAAUACAACUAUCUGUAUAUGACCACCCAGCUCUCUCUCCCCUCCAGGUACCCAGGCGUUCCCUCCUCUCUCUUCACUGGCUUACCACCAGUGCCGCUGGAACUACAAUGACCAGGAGGAUGUGGCGGCAGUGGACCAGGGCUUCGACGAGCAUGACAUCCCCUACGACUUCAUCUGGCUGGACAUAGAGCACACGGACGGCAAGCGUUACUUCACCUGGGACCCUCACAAGUUCCCCCAGCCCAAAGACAUGCUGCAGGGUCUGGUAGACAAGAGACGCAAGGUGAGCACAUUCAUGUGUUACAGCUGUCUGGCCAGGGCUCCCUUGUAGAAGACGUUUCUGUCUUAUUGGGACUUGACUGGAUAAAAGGCUGAAGAAUGAAAAAAGUAAAAGGUUCUGUGACACGUUGACAAGUUGUCUCAUCUCAGUUUUGCUAUUUUCCUUCUCCCUCAUGUUCCCCCCUGUACCAUUAGAUGGUGACCAUUGUGGACCCCCACAUCAAGGUGGACAGCAACUACAAGAUCCACAAUGAGAUCCGCUCCAAAGGCUUCUACGUCAAAAACAAAGAUGGUGGAGACUACGAGGGCUGGUGCUGGCCUGGUAAGGGAUGGGGAAAUUAGUCUGAUCCACAAUCAAAGAAAGUGAAGGAAAUUAAUUACAGAAAAACACAUUGCAAGUAUUCAACAUCUCUAAUCUUUCCUCUUUCUAUUCUAGGUAAUUCUGGUUACCCAGACUUUACCAACCCUGAGAUGAGAGCUUGGUGGGCCAGUAUGUUUGCCUACGAUCAGUAUGAGGUAAGUCCCUUCUGCCCAGGUUUGACUUUUGCCAUCAAAGCUGUUGCUCAAAUACAGUGGGGGAAAAAAGUAUUUAGUCAGCCAACAAUUGUGUAAGUUCUCCCACUUAAAAAGAUGAGAGAGGCCUGUAAUUUUCAUCAUAGGUACACGUCAACUAUGACAGACAAAUUGAGAGAAAAAAAUCCAGAAAAUCACAUUGUAGGAUUUUUAAUGAAUUUAUUUGAAAAUUAUGGUGGAAAAUAAGUAUUUGGUCACCUACAAACAAGCAAGAUUUCUGGCUCUCACAGACCUGUAACAACUUAUUUAAGAGGCUCCCCUGUCCUCCACUCGUUACCUGUAUUAAUGGCACCUGUUUGAACUUGUUAUCAGUAUAAAAGACACCUGUCCACAACCUCAAACAGUCACACUCCAAACUCCACUAUGGCCAAGACCAAAGAGCUGUCAAAGAACACCAGAAACAAAAUUGUAGACCUGCACCAGGCUGGGAAGACUGAAUCUGCAAUAGGUAAGCAGCUUGGUUUGAAGAAAUCAACUGUGGGAGCAAUUAUUAUGAAAUGGAAGACAUACAAGACCACUGAUAAUCUCCCUUGAUCUGGGGCUCCACGCAAGAUCUCACCCCGUGGGGUCAAAAUGAUCACAAGAACGGUGAGCAAAAAUCCCAGAACCACACGGGGGGACCUAGUGAAUGACCUGCAGAGAGCUGGGACCAAAGUAACAAAGCCUACCAUCAGUAACACACUACGCCGCCAGGGACUCAAAUCCUGUAGUGCCAGACGUGUCCCCCUGCUUAAGCCAGUACAUGUCCAGGCCCGUCUGAAGUUUGCUAGAGUGCAUUUGGAUGAUCCAGAAGAGGAUUGGGAGAAUGUCAUAUGGUCAGAUGAAACCAAAAUAGAACUUUUUGGUAAAAACUCAACUUGUUGUGUUUGGAGGACAAAGAAUGCUGAGUUGCAUCCAAAGAACACCAUACCUACUGUGAAGCAUGGGGGUGGAAACAUCAUGCUUUGGGGCUGUUUUUCUGCAAAGGGACCAGGACGACUGAUCCGUGUAAAGGAAAGAAUGAAUGGGGCCAUGUAUCGUGAGAUUUUGAGUGAAAACCUCCUUCCAUCAGCAAGGGCAUUGAAGAUUAAACGUGGCUGGGUCUUUCAGCAUGACAAUGAUCCCAAACACACCGCCCGGGCAAUGAAGGAGUGGCUUCGUAAGAAGGAUUUCAAGGUCCUGGAGUGGCCUAGCCAGUCUCCAGAUCUCAACCCCAUAGAAAAUAUUUGGAGGGAGUUGAAAGUCCGUGUUGCCCAGCGACAGCCCCAAAACAUCACUGCUCUAGAGGAGAUCUGCAUGGAUGAAUGGGCCAAAAUACCAGCAACAGUGUGUGAAAACCUUGUGAAGACUUACAGAAAACAUUUGACUUGUGUCAUUGCCAACAAAGGGUAUAUAACAAAGUAUUGAGAAACUUUUGUUAUUGACCAAAUACUUAUUUUCCACCAUAAUUUGCAAAUAAAUGUGAUUUUCUGGAUAUUUUUUUCUCAUUUUGUCUGUCAUAGUUGACGUGUACCUAUGAUGACAAUUACAGGCCUCUCUCAUAUUUUUAAGUGGGAGAACUUGCACAAUUGGUGGCUGACUAAAUACUUUUUUCCCCCCACUGUAUCUCAUUCCCGUCUCUGAUCUCAGGGUUCCAUGGAGAACAUGUAUACUUGGAACGAUAUGAACGAGCCUUCAGUGUUUAACGGACCAGAGGUCACCAUGCAUAAAGAUGCCCUGCACGGGAAAUGGGAGAACCGUGACCUCCACAACCUCUAUGGACUCUACGUGGUGAGUGAGUGUGUGCCACAUCUUCACUAGAACUGGGGCAAUGGUAGACUUUUUCUUAAAAAAUAAAUAGUUGCACACUAAUAUACAUACAUACAUACAUACAUACAUACAUACAUAACCAGUCAAGUUUGGACACACCUACUCAUUCAAGGGUUUUUCUUCUAUAUUUUUCUUCUUCUACGUUGUAGAAUAAUAGUGAAGACGUCAAAAAUAUUAAAUAACACAUAUGGAAUAAUUUAGGAACCAAAAAAGUGUUAAACAAAUCUAAAUAUAUUUUAUAUUUGAGAUUCUUCAAAUAGCCACCCUUUGCCUUGAUGACAGCUUUGCACACUCUUGACAUUCUCUCAACCAGCUUCAUGAGGUAGUCACCUGGAAUGCAUUUCAAUUAACAGGUGUGCCUUGUUAAAAGUUAAUUUGUAGUAUGUCUUUCCUUCUUAAUGCAUGUGAGCCAAUUAGUUGUGUUGUGACAAGGUAGGGGGCUAUACAGAAGAUAAUUUAUUGGGUAAAACACCAACGUUUCGGCAUCACUGUGCCUUCUUCAGGGUGACUUCAUGAAAGCUUGAACCAGGUUAUGUAGAGAAUUAGUGCAACCAAUGACAAUAGAGAGGGGUGUGUCAUAAUAAUUAGAUUGAUUAGAAUGAAUUGAGUGAAACUGUUAAAAUACGAUAGUUUCCAGCAUAUAGAAUAUAUUAGGCUGUUGUUAUCAUAUGGAAACAUCAUUAGAUAUUGUACAUAAUAUUAGCAUCAACAUACAUUAUUGUUUAAUUAUAUCUAUAUAUAUUUAAUUGUUUCCAAUUUAAUUACAUUUUUGUUACAUUUUUACAGGGACAUGUAAUAUUUUUGUUCAACCAUAAUGCAUAAUAAGCAUCAUCAACAGGGGGAACAUAUUGAGUGUACGCUGAUAAGCUGUAGAAAGAAUAUAUUCAUUUAUAAGACUUGUUCAUAAAGAAGCAAGAAGUAUUGUUCAUAGGAAGGCCCUGAGAUCAAAGUCAAUAUUCAGACCACUAGGGGUCAGUGUUUUUAGAUAGGAUAUCCAGUAGGCCUUCCUCUGUAGUAGUAGGAUCUCCAGGUUAUUACCUCAAUACUUUUUCUUGAAGAAAUGACUGUUAAUGUUUCUACUGAGCUUUGCUACUUGCAGUAACCACCUCUCCUCUCUCCCUCAGCAAAGGGCCACAGCAGAGGGUCUGAUUGAACGUUCAGGGGGAGUGGAGAGGCCAUUUGUCCUGACCAGAGCCUUCUUCGCUGGCUCCCAGCGCUACGGUGCUGUGUGGACAGGUGAUAACGCUGCUGAGUGGGACCAUCUGAAGAUCUCCAUCCCCAUGUGUCUCAGCCUGGGCCUAGUUGGUGUCUCUUUCUGUGGAGGUGAGUCUGACUCAGUCUUAGCUAACACCCCUGUUUUCCUCUCCACUAAAAGCCACAGCUUAGAAAUUAAUACAUUGGAAAUAUUUAGCAACAUUUUAUGUUGGGGUUAUCUGCUUGUUUACAUUACUUGUUUACAUGACAUUAUUAUGGUUCAUUACCUGUUUCUUUACACCCCACCACAUUGUAAAUGGUUAUCUCUGUACCACUGCUCAUCCUCCUCCUCUCUCCCCCUCUCCUAGCUGAUGUUGGUGGCUUCUUCAAGUCUCCCAGUACUGAGCUCCUGGUGCGCUGGUACCAGACGGGAGCGUACCAGCCCUUCUUCCGGGCCCAUGCCCAUCUGGACACCCCCCGCAGGGAGCCCUGGCUGUUUGGGCCCGAGAACACGGCUCUGAUCAGGGAGGCUGUCCGCCAGCGCUACGCCCUCCUGCCCUACUGGUACCAGCUGUUCUACCACGCCCACCACACUGGCCAGCCCGUCAUGAGACCCCUGUGGGUGGAGUAUCCUCAGGAUACGGCCACGUUCUCCAUGGAUGACCAGUUCCUGCUUGGUGAGCGAGAUCGUGUUAUUCCCUAGUAUAGCUCAGUGUCAAUAGAUAUUCCUGUAUUUGCUUACCUUUUAUGACUGAUACCAUGACUGAGUCACAUUCCACCUAUCCUGCUGGUUCAGGGAAAGAUCUGCUGGUGCACCCCGUGACUGAGGAGGGGGCCAGGGGUGUUACUGCCUAUCUGCCUGGAAAAGGAGAGGUGAGUCUCUCUCAGGAACUGUCAUAACGUUAUGUUACUAUUAUAAGUAUUGUGUAGGGUAUGUCAGCCGUCUAUUUGAAACCCUCUCCUAACUGCUCUGUUCUGUGUCCUUCAGGUCUGGUUUGACGUCCACACGUUCCAGAAACACAACGGAGCCCAGAACCUCUAUAUCCCUGUCACCAUGAGCUCUGUAAGAAACUCUACAACACACUCAUGCUCAGGGGGCUAAAUGCUUAUUAAGACCAUAUUAAGUUCUGUUGAGAGAAUUGUGUAAGCUUGGAAAGACACUCCCUGUCUGACUCUCUCUCGUUCCCAGAUUCCGGUAUUCCAGCGCGGUGGUUCCAUUAUCCCCAGGAAGGCCCGGGUUCGAAGGUCAUCAUCCUGCAUGGAACACGACCCCUACACCUUAUUCGUUGCCCUCAGCCCCAAGGUAACACAAACACACACCUUGUCACUUAUACUGUGUCCCCCAUUUGGAUGGAUUUCUGCAGCAUGAGAAGUGGGAUUCAGGAUUUGACCUUUUAACAUUUUCAUAUUUUAUGUCCGUUAGAGAUUUGCCCAGGGUGAGCUCUACAUAGACGACGGCCACACCUUCAACUUUGACAAACAGAAGCAGUUCAUCCACAGAAGACUUUCCUUUGCCAAUAACGCCCUGUCCUCCAGGUCUGUCAGAUCAUUUCUCUCACAUAAUGUUUACAUUCGUUGUUACUCUCCUUGCUUUUUGUCUAUGGUGAGUGUAACUCUGAAUUCCCUCUCUCUCCCUGCAGGAACCUGGCCCCUGGUUCCCAGUUCACCACUCCCUCAUGGAUUGAGAAGAUUGUCAUAUUGGGGGCCAGUAAGCCCAGCAAGGUCACUCUAAAGACUCCUGGUGAGUUUUUCCCACUGUCUUAUUAGUUCUAUGGAUUAGUUAAGAUGCCAGUAAGUCAUUGUGUGUUUGAAUGUUUCCUGUUUUCACACCCAAGUAGGCAAUUAUGAGACAGAAACAGUUGGGCGAUAAAACUGUCAUUUAAAUUUUUUAAAAAUUAUUAUUGUAUUUUUUUAGGGGGUAGAUCAGCUUUAAUAUUUCAGAUAGAUUUUAACUUCCAUCAAUGUAAUUGUCUGCAUCACUUCCAAUCCCCCAUAUGGUUUUUUUUCUCGCAAAUAUACAUAUACAUAUGUAUGUGUGUGUAUAUGUGUAUGUGUGUGUGUGUAUAUAUAUAUAUAUAUAUAUAUAUCACAAGUGUGUGUGUAUGGAUGUAUGUGUAUAUAUACACAGUAUCUCACAAAAGUGAGUACACCCCUCACAUUUUUGUAAAUAUUUGAGUAUCUUUUCAUGUGACAACACUGAAGAAAUUACACUUUGCUACAAUAUAAAGUAGUGAGUGUACAGCUUGUAUAACAGUGUAAAUUUGCUGUCCCCUCAAAAUAACACAACACACAGCCAUUGUCUAAACCGCUGGCAACAAAAGUGAGUACACCCCUAAGUGAAAAUGUCAUAAUUGGACCCAAUUAGCCAUUUUCCCUCCCCGGUGUCAUGUGACUCGUUAGUUUUACAAGGUCUCAGGUGUGAAUGGGGAGCAGGUGUGUUAAAUUUGGUGUCAUCGCUCUCACACUCUCAUACUGGUCACUGGAAGUUCAACAUGGUACCUCAUGGCAAAGAACUCUGAGGAUCUGAAAAAAGAAUUGUUGCUCUACAUAAAGAUGUCCUGGGCUAUAAGAAGAUUGCCAAGACCCUGAAACUGAGCUGCAGCACAGUGGCCAAGACCAUACAGCGGUUUAACAGGACAGGUUCCACUCAGAACAGGCCUUGCCUUGGUCGACCAAAGAAGUUGAGUGCACAUGCUCAGCGUCAUAUCCAGAGGUUGUCUUUGGGAAAUAGACGUAUGAGUGCUGCCAGCAUUGCUGCAGAGGUUGAAGGGGUCGGGGGUCAGCCUGUCAGUGCUCAGACCAUACGCCGCGCACUGCAUCAAAUUGGUCUGCAUGGCUGUCGUCCCAGAAGGAUGCCUUUUCUAAAGAUGAUGCACGAGAAAGCCUGCAAAGAGUUUGCUGAAGACAAGCAGACUAAGGACAUGGAUUACUGGAACCAUGUCCUGUGGUCUGAUGAGACCAAGAAACUUAUUUGGUUCAGAUGGUGUCAAGCGUGUGGCGGCAACCAGGUGAGGAGUACAAAGACAAGUGUGUCUUGCCUACAGUCAAGCAUGGUGGUGGGAGUGUCAUGGUCUGGGGCUGCAUGAGUGCUGCUGGCACUGGGGAGCUACAGUUCAUUGAGGGAACCAUGAAUGCCAACAUGUACUGUGACAUACUGAAGCAGAGCAUGAUCCCCUCCCUUCGGAGACUGGGCCGCAGGGCACUAUUCCAACAGGAUAACGACCCCAAACACACCUCCAAGACGACCACUGCCUUGCUAAAGAAGCUGAGGGUAAAGGUGAUGGACUGGCCAAGCAUGUCUCCAGACCUAAACCCUAUCUGUGGGGCAUCCUCAAACGGAAGGUGGAGGAGUGCAAAGUCUCUAACAUCCACCAGCUCCAUGAUGUCGUCAUGGAGGAGUGGAAGAGGACUCCAGUGGCAACCUGUGAAGCUCUGGUGAACUCCAUGCCCAAGAGGGUUAAGGCAGUGCUGGAAAAUGAUGGUGGCCACACAAAAUAUUGACACUUUGGGCCCAAUUUGGACAUUUUCACUUAGGGGUGUACUCACUUUUGUUGCCAGGUUUAGACAUUUAAUGGCUGUGGGUUGUGUUAUUUUGAGGGGACAGCAAAUUUACACUGUUAUACAAGCUGUACACUCACUACUUUACAUUGUAGCAAAUUGUCAUUUCUUCAGUGUUGUCACAUGAAAAGAUUAUACUCAAAUAUUUACAAAAAUGUGAGGGGUGUACUCACUUUUGUGAGAUACUGUGUAUAUAUACAUACAUCCAUACACACACACACACACACACAUCCUUUUUAAAAUAAAAUGUCCCUUCAUUACUUUCUAACCCCACCACCCCUUCCCCAAUUGGAGUAAACUAGUGUCAUUCUUUGUGUAUAUUGAUUACUGUGUGUAUAAUGGCAGGUCAGUCUCAAAUGACUGUUAUUGAUCUAUUCUGAUGUCUUUCUCUCUGUAGAUGGUAAGGAGAGUCUGCUGGAGUUUGAGUUCGAUGCCUCCAUGUCAGUGUUAACACUUCGCAAGCCGGGCGUCAACGCAGGGGUGGACUGGACUGUGGUGCUUCAGUAACCAAGGAGAUGAAAAAGGGGGAGGAUGACGACUGAACAGGAAAGGAGAGAGAUGGAGGGACUGAGUGGACACGGGUUGCAAUCGUAAUGCACCAAGCAAGAUAUUGGAAGGACUGCUCUAAUGUGGUACACAGACUAGACAGGGGAUACAGGACUAUCCAAACACACAAUGUUCCAUAACAAGCUUGCAAACAAACACUGCCUGUAGAUCUGAACCGCGUCUCUUCCAUGUCCAUCUUGCAUUCAGUCAAACUGACAGUUGGUCAACUUACUGAAGGGUUACCAGGUAGAUUAUUGUUUGUUAGUUGCAUUUAGGGAAAAAUUAUUCACAGUUCAAACCAUGAUGAUGUUGUAGUGAAUGUUUGAGAGUACUCAAAGACAUUCAAGUCCGAUGGAUGAUUUUUUUUUUUGUUGGUUUUCCGUCAAGUAUGCUUUAGAUGUAAGAGAUCAUUGAAUAAGUUUGCUGACAACAAAAUUAAGACAUUCAGACAGAGGCUGUAGUGUAGUUAGUAUUUAAUAAUAAUUCCAUAUGGCCAUGUUUUAUGACUUUAAAUGAUUUAUUUCAAGUUUUCAUUCCAUUACCCCUUGUAAUUACUGAAGAGCAAUCAACAGGAAAGCCAAAUCGCUCCAUUUUACUUUCAACUCGUGCUACUUUCUAUUCAGGUUUUAUUUUAAACGCUCCACCAAGCAACAAUGCUGCACUGAUCAAAGACCAUCUGUAAAUGUCAUGUGCAUUUCUCUUCUUAUUGCCAUAAGGUGUAUUGAGUCUUAUCGCCUAAUAUCCCUCAUUUAAGGUUACUCAUUCCUCCUUAGUUUGUCCCCGAAUUAGUUUCUGAUCAGAUUGUGUGUACUUACAUCAGUCAUUACUAUGUCAUGUUUUAAUGUACUGGUGGUAAAAGACAUGAAACACAUGGUCAGUAACAACUUAAUGGAAGGGGAUUUGGCUUUUUAAGUUUGCUCAUAUUGGAAUUAUUCAGGGGUUAGAACCACUGACUUUUGGAAAUUCAUCCUAAUAACAUGUUUCUGUUCUGACUUGUCUAUGUUCAAUUUGUUUACUUGAUUUUCAAAUGCACUUGAAGAGAGGAAGCUGAGAGCUUUUUGUCCAGAUUGAACCUAAAGCAGUUAGGGUCAGGCAUUGGGGUUAGAUUGUGGGUUGGGGUACACGGUCACGGUCCAGUGUCUUCAGAGUGUCAUAUGCUCUUUACAUUGUUGAUCAAAUUUGUCUAAAUGUGACUAAGAAAGGGGGGGGGG